UAAUCACCCCUCCAAAACCCGUUCGUUGUAAACCCUCUUUGGAGCCCUAGCUAGGUUUUAAACUUCUCACAACCAACCAGAACACAAUCGUCCGGGAGAAUGGCCGGAAGCGGUGACGGUCUUUCGAUGAAUCUGGCCGGAAUGUCAAAGAAUCAACUCUACGAUAUCAUGUCUCAAAUGAAGACAUUGAUAGAACAGAACCAGGACCAAGCGAGGCAAAUCUUGAUUCAAAACCCUCCUCUCACCAAAGCUCUCUUCCAGGCACAAAUAAUGCUUGGAAUGCUGCAGCCGCCUCAAGAGAUACCCAAAGUUCAACCGGAUGUACCUCAACAUCCUCAGCAAGCAGCACCGCCAGCUCAGCAUCCAAUUCCUCAAAACGCUCCAUUACCAGGUCAAACUAAUCUGCGUGACCAAACAAGUGUACCAGUUCCAUCUUCAUCUAUUCCUCCUUCAACCCCUACGUUACCAUCACUUCCCUCGCAGCCAAUACAACAUAACAGAGGCCACAUCAAUGCUCAGUUAGUACCACCGAUGCCAUCUCCACAACCCUCAAAUAUGGCGGCUCUCCCGCCACAAUAUUCUACCCAGCCACCACCAUCAGUUAUCCAACCAACAAUGCCGCCUGCAUCUGUCCCGUUGCAGCAGCCUUUACAUAUUAGUAGCACGCCUCAUUUGCCACUUCAACCACCACUGCCGUCACAACCCAGACCACCUUCUAUGCCGGCUUUCCCUCAUCAAAGUUAUCCUCACAUGGGACCGGGGCCCAAUGCAGGUUUUCAGCAGCACCAGGGUGCAUCACAACUGCAUCAUUCACAACCUGUGUUCCAUUCAGGUUCAAGACCUCCCACUAGUAUGGGCGCCCCUUUUUCUCAAGGACAGCCACCACUACCUAAUCAGCAGCCGUCUCAACCUUUGUACCAGGGAGGAGGUUCACAUGUAGGGAUGGACUUUAAUCAAAUGGGAACCCAGCCUGAAAGAGGACCCAAUUGGAUGUCUGAAAACGCACCACACCUCCCCGGAGGACCAUCACAGCCCUUUCUUCCUCCUCAUAUGGCCCCUGCUGGUCAGCCUCCUCGACCCGCAUCUUUAACUGCUGAUAUGGAAAAGGCACUACUUCAACAGGUGAUGAGUCUCACACCAGAACAGAUUAAUCUGCUACCACCGGAUCAAAGAAACCAAGUGCUACAGCUACAGCAGAUGUUGCGUCAGUAACAUAAAUCAUGGGAAUUUCAGAGAAUUUAGUUCAGGAUUGAUGAGACAACAAACAAAUGAUGUUUUCAAGACUUCGUUCUGUCUUUGCAUUCGUGUUACAUUCUGGUCGCGGUCAAAAGUAGUUAUUAAAAGCCGACAUUGUUAAUUGUUCACACAAUCGUUUUGUUUUGAAACGUGAUUAGAAGAUUGUAUGCCGGUCUUUUUUAGCAUUCUUGAAUUGUUUAUGUAAAAAAACUAACCGCGUACGACAGGUGUGGCUUUCUUUUCAGCUA